CCCUGUGCUAUAUUUAGAAUUUAAAGCACUCUUCCGGUUUGGAGGCGAAACUUUAUACCACGUGACUGUCACAUGAUGUAAACAAGCAGACGUGAAUCUGACAUCUAUCAAAACUUCGCGCGAUGGAUUCUUCACACAUUGUUUCGAUGAAACGCAAGCCAAAUUGGACAUCUGACCAGUCAUUGCUGUUGGUCCGACUUGUUGAUGAGCGGAAGUCAAUCAUCAAGGGCAAGUUUGGACCGGGAGUAACAUCAAGAAUGAAGAAGGAGGCAUGGGGGGAGGUGGCAGCCAAUAUCAAUGCUGCAUUUCCUAACGUUGUUAGGUCAAACGAUGACUCGAGAAAAAGAUGGUACAACAUCCAGUCCAAGUCAAGGCAAGAAAUAUCUGCUUUCAAGAGACAGCUCAGUGGCACUGAAGUCAGGAAGCUGCUGUCGUUGAAGCUGAAGCCUGCUUCCCCCUGGAUGUGCUAGCCUCACCCCAGCCCAGCUGUGCAGCUACUGCA